AAUAGAAAGGUGUAUCUUCCAUGACCAUCGAGACAAGAUGAAUUUCUCACUUUGUCCUCUUGGAGCUCUCUUCGUGGGUGCAGUUGCCUAUCCAGUUAGCAAAGACAAUUCUUUGGAAGAACUAGGGGAUGUAAUGCAGAAUGAAAAACUGGAAACAUGGGAAAAAUUUCUGAAAAAUGGGGGCAGAGUUUACAUUAUCAACAAAGGAAUGAACAGCAAAGAGGGAUACAAUGUAAACAAAGUCACUCCAACGACCCAAGAACACCUAAUUUCUGGACAAGAGGGAGAAGAAGACGAUACGGUGGAAUAUCCUGAUCUCACAGACGAGACGGCGAGAAAAACACGUCGUCGUCCAUAUCUUAGAGGACCGUCUCAGGACGAGAAUUCUGAAAAACGCAUGCUACAGAAAGAAAGUUACCCGGGAAGAAGAGAACGUAAGGCGCAGGACAAACCUAAGACAUACCUAUCUAAAACUGAAAAUAAUGGAUUCCGCUCGUUCGAUAUCCUAAAUGGAGAGAAAAGAAACUUCAGAGGUGGUUUUGGAGGUGUAGAUAAGUCUUUACUGAUAGGACAGAAAAGAAACUUCAGAGGUGGUUUUGGAGGUGUAGAUUAGUCUUUACUGAUAGGACAGAAAAGAAACUUCAGAGGUGGUUUUGGAGGUGUAGAUAAGUCUUUACUGAUAGGACAGAAAAGAAACUUCAGAGGUGGUGCAGGAGGCGGAAUGAUUCCUGGAGUGUUUUGGUAUCCAGAAAAAGAGAAACGAUUCAUGAGAUUUGCACAAAAAAGAUAAAAAAGAUUCUUCAGGUUUUGACGUUAAUCUCCUAAUGCCUGAUUUCCUGUAGGAGGGAUGGGAUAUAUUCAUAUGAUUUCUUGCUUGAAAAGGGAGUAGGACAGUUCCCAAGAAAUUCAGUUUUCAUGAAUUCACUUAGAAAUAUAAUCAUUUACAUAAUAACUGAUCUUUCGGACAAGAAAAUUCAAACUUGUGAUCGUAAUUCAUGGCAAAAAGCUCCAUCUUUCAAUUGUAACUUACGGUAUUGAAUAAAUGAAUAUG